AUGACCAGAUCUGAACACAGGGACACACUACCAUUUGAUCCAGAAAUUGAACGCACUCUCAGAAGACUUAGAAAGCAAGCCACAGAAGCUUCAUCUGAAGCAACAGAAUUUUGCCAACAAGCCGCACCAAUGGCUGAACCUAAUCUACAACUUGUUGCCAAUAAUGAACAUGCUGUCCAUGACCAAAUAAUUCAAGAAAAUCCAGCAAUUAGGCCCCAAGAACAAAGAGAAAGAACCAUGAGAGAAUUGGCAACUCCUGUAGGUGACUAUGCACCACUUUGCAUCGCCUAUCCGCCUCUGACAGUUCCCUUUGAACUGAAAUCAGAAAAUAGUGUAAAAAGACAAUUUGGAGAAAAACCCCCUAAAACUGCCUUAUUGGAGCAAAGAAUGAGGAAAAUAUUUUGAAGCUGAAAUAUUGACGCAAAUGGGCCUCGCACAUAUGGAUCACUCGCCCAAAUGGCCAAGGCAUAUGGACCAAGCAGCGGACAGCACAUGGCCGCAAGUCCACCAUUCCCUCCAGUGGACCGGUCCACGCACAAUCAAGCCCAGCGCUCAUCUCCCGUGGACCGCACAUGCCAGCACUCACGGGCUUCAACUCCAGCACAUGGGUCGCUCGCGUCAUCAACUCCAAGCUCAAAACAACGCAACUCCCACACGUCUCUUCACGUGGCCCGAUCAUCCACAGGCGGACCAAUCCAUCGUGGGCCACGCUUCACCACUUUCUCACGCAAGACCAGCACAUGGCCCGCCCACUCAAGCCAAGCUCGUGGACCGCGCUUCUUCACAUGGACAGUGGACCCCAUCCAUUCACGCCCAUUCCCGCUUCGAUGCCCACUUCGCCAUUCCCUCCAGUGGAUCAAGCCCGCACGUCCACCUUGUACUCAUGGACCGCGCUUCACCUAAUCAUGCGCAUGUGGACAGCAACUCCAGAUUAGGGCGCACAUCUCUCACUAUUUAAAGGACAAUUCCAAUCUCUUCCAGCAGACUUGAAUUCGGCAAUUCGGCAAUUCCGCAGGAGCAAGGCAGAAGCUCUUCGGUUCCUUCUUCCUCUUUUAUUUUCCUUUUAUUAUUUUGUUUUUAAUUAGCCAAUGAGCGGCUAAUUUCUUAAUUCUAGUUGAGGAUUGGUUGAAACUAAGGUUGUUUAAUGGGUUGUGAGAUCUGAACAUAAA